AUGCCAAGAUUGUCUGCAGGUGACGUUGGGCCGAGGCUUGCGCCGAACGCAGCCCUAUGGCAGUUCUACGACAACUACACCACAGACAUGAUCCUGGGCCAGUACGACCCGUCGCCCGGGACGUAUCUUGCCUCGUCCCAGCAGAGCCAGCCCCAGUACGUCACCAACUCGCCCGCAACGAGAAACAUGUACUCCACCGAACAUCUAAUUUCUAUAAACAGUAUUCCUUCGCCAGACGGAAAAAAGCAACCUACAUUUCCCGGCACAGACCCGACAGUAUUGAAAAAAUUCAAAUGCAGCCAGUGCACAAGCUCUUUCACGCGCAGGAGCAGGCUCAAGGAGCACUGUCGCAAAGUCCACGAGGGUGAAAAGCUGGUGUUCAGAUGCGACCACUGCCACAAGGUGAUGAGCUCCCGCGAGAACCUCAACAGGCACAUCAUUGGCCACACCGACAAGUAUCGCUGUGCGUACUGCGGCAAGCGCCACGACAGAGCCGACAGAUACCAGCGCCACAUGCGGAAAUGCUCCGCCAAACACAGUGACACUCAAUUCCCUGCCCAGGAGGCUGUCUAG